AUGACAUAUGCAGGCUUCGGAAGGCUAUCUGAUGUAUACAUGGCGAACAACCGGGCGAAGAACGGGGAAUACUUUGCGUUUAUUCGCUUUUUGGGAGUGGAACAUGCCAAGAUGUUGGAACGACAACUGGAUGGACAGACGCUCAGGGGCAGGACCCUCGCGGUGAACCUCUCCCUACAUGAGAGGAAAGAACCAACAGGCCGCAGUAAUAGAAACAAUAGCAACGGCGGAAGGGGAAACCAUGUCACACCGGCAGUCAACAAACCUGCACGACACACGGCUAGAACCAGCCUACGAGAUAACCGCUCCUAUGCAGACCUGAUGAAACCUGUGCCCACACCUUCAUUGGUUACACACCCACCAGGACCACCACUCCCGACCACCAUUACGCUAUACCAUGAACUUGUAACGCAAAGUUGGCUGAGAAAAACAACACUUGUUGGGGAAGCUGUAUCACUUGACCACCUUAGGCACCUCCCCAAGUUACUUCUUGCUAAAGGAGAAACUGGAAUCGAGAUAAAAUAUCUUGGAGGGCUAAUGGGAGAUAAGACAGAAACAUACUUUGAACGGGUGGCAUGGAUUCGAAUUGUGGGCUUACCAUUACAACUAUGGGGCGAACACAACUUCAACGCAAUAUCCAGAAAUUUUGGACGAACGAUCGCCCCAUACAAUGACCUCCCCAAUCGGGUCGACUUGUCACAUGCUAAGCUUGACAUCCUUACCACCAGAAGGACCCGAAUUAACGAGGAGAUCUAUGUCGCCUUUGAUGGGAAGGUAUACACGUUGGGAAUUAUUGAGUUCGACCAAGACUGGUUCCCAUUCAGAUUCGACCCCUCUGAAGACUAUCUCUAUGCCCCCACGAACCAAGAAUCCAACCAGGAAAAACCCCCAGUCCAAACCUCGCUGUAUGAAAACACUGAUAAACACAUGAGAGAGGUGAAUGAAGAAAGAUCAGAAGAGAAUAUGGUAGAAGAAAUGGAAGAGGGGGAGAUUGGGCCGGAAACACAAUACAUUGACAAUGAAACAACGAAUGGGAGCGGUGACCGACGAAGCAGAACUUUCGAUGGAAACUAG